AUGGCCCAGCUUCCUGGGAACUCGCUGGAUUCAUGGGCGGCACAGCUUCCCAAGAACCCCUCGAAUUCGUGGCCUGGUGACAAGCACUAUUGUCAUCUUGGUAGUAGUAGUCUCAUUAAGAAGCUUCUAGAAGCUGGUAAGACGGUCAUCCUCGUUGAGAUUGACGAGGAUGACCCUCUUACCUAA